AUGUCAGACGCCCAAGCGGAUGCUGUGAGAAGGACGGCGGACGAUCCUGUCGACGUGGGCCCUCGCGCGUUGUGGCCACUCGCGUUGCCCGCUGCUCGAGAGCCUGUAAAACCUUCGAGCAGUACUGCAGACUUCAGAGGGGCGGACGCGCCAAGGCGACGACCAGUGCUCCCCCAUGGCAUAAAGAAGACUUCCUUCUUUUUUCGACGCCUGCGCCACCUCGUCGCGGGUAUACGUCGUGAACCUUCUUUGAGAAUUGACAGAGGAGCUGCGGAGGUGGCGGGCCGCGCGCAGGCUCAGUUUCAACGUAUCAUGCAGCUCACGUAUCCGGUAUCCCACAUUGCCACCGCGAUAGACACGGUUCUAGGCACGCGACCCGUAUUGCAGGUGAGAAUGUUUAUGGAACAGCGGUAUAGGGGUGUGGCACCAGCAGGGGUGCUCAAGAUCCAGAAAGGAGGGUUUCUUGGAGCAGGUACAUACGGCGCAGUAUUCGCAGUCGCCACAUUAGAUGGAAGCGCGAAAUACGCGAUGAAGAUUUUGCUGGCGCGCUGUACAUUCCAGACCCGUGAUGCAGCGACACGAUUGCACGUUAGAAGGGAGACGACACGUAUUACGAAUGUCAUUAGUUUCUUUCGAGGUAUACCCAGAGAUCGCCUUCGAGAAGAACGACUGGCGCCCCCUCUCUUUGGCGGACGCAUCACAGACGCGCCUGAAGCUUUCCUUGUGGCUGAGGACCGGUGCUGCUCGAACGUGGUCUUUUUCUAUCCCCUCAUGGCAGCAGACAUCCAUGGCGUGGUUUACUCGCAACACCUUGGCGUUCUUUCUGAUGAUGGUCGGCUGCACCUCACUCACGGGAUGGUAGCCGCGGUGGCAAAUCUGCAUGAAUACGGCUUGAUCCACGGUGAUGUAAAGAUGGAAAAUUUUCUCGUUAGCCAAGCGGGUGAAGUGUUUCUUGCAGAUCUCGACACCGUUGUGAGAGAGUGGGAGCCGUUCAGACGUCUGACACCUGCUGUUUAUACAGACCCUGAUGCAGCGGCAGUUUCCUGGAGAGCGGUCCAACGAAACGAGUACUUUGCGGCUGGCAUGUGGACAGCGAGGGUGGAGGUACCGCCUUUGUUCGCAAGUAAAUACGUAGACGCGUGGUCGCUGGGAGUGACUCUGUACAAGUUGUGGUGUGGCGUGCUGCCAUGGCGACUAGACGCGGCAUGUUACGCUACCAAUUCGAAACGGUUGAAACGCCUCGCCCGGGUAAAGGAGCGUGGCGAGCAAGUCGCCUUCAUAGACUGCAGACGAGACAGGCCGGUUCCCACCAACGUGCGACAGCUGAUCACAGGCUUCUUGAAUUUCCACCAGUUAUUCCGUGUUCUACCUGAGGCCGCACUACGGUUGUUCUCUUCUAUUGGAGAGGCGACUGUUUGA